GCAGUAGGGCCAACCCCUCCUGAUUCCUAAAAAAAGAAAGUACAUAUGUAUUUGUGCAAAAAGAAAAGAAAUAAGAAUACGUGAAGUGUAAAGAAAAAACCGAAAGGUAAGACCUAAAUGGACUGUCUUCAUCUAGCACACGCAAGCAAAAAGGUGGAUUUUACCCAGCACGCAAACCUGCCUUAUCUGUGCCAUAACCACAAGGAGGGAAGCCUUGACUGGUAGAAAAGGUUCCAUGCUGCCAGCAGAUGAUCCUUGGGCCUUGGCAAUGUUAAAAAAUAAAAGCAGGGAAGCCUUUGCAUCUUCUGCAUGCAAAGUUUAUGCUUUCUUCUCUUAAUCAAGUAACGGAAUAAUACUAAUCUUUCUCUGAAGGAUAAAGAUGAGUUCCAAGUUGUUUAAAACUCUAGCUGUUAGUCAUUAUCCCAGAGGUAUAUUUAUGUGAAACAAGAUAAAAUGGUACUCCCUCCGUCCCAAAUUACUAUCCGUCCCAAAAUGAAUAGUAAUUUGGGACGGAGGGAGUAUGUAAGAGCCCCUAACAUAUGCAUUUGUUUAUUCAAACAAGAACUUUUGUGUGUUCUUCACCAAAAGAUCGCUGUUAGCGCAAAAUCUUUGGAUGGUUCAGUACCUGAACAAACUUGGCAUAGUUUAGCCCUGAAGGCAAAGCAAUGUAGGAACAGCUUUGGGUUGGCAUACAUAUAGUAGUUAAAAGGUUAUUCAACUGAGACUGAAGGAAUGAUGAAAUCUUUUCAAUGGAAAGCAACAAAGCUGAGGGGAUCACGAAUCUCCUUCUGAAGAUAGUUUUUCCAUUAGCUUUUCCUCUGGCUGGUGCUUUUAUCUGUGACCUGAUAACAAGUAGGGCAAAUAGGCACAGUAGUUUCACAGACUCAUCCGAGAGUUCAUUCCAAUUGGACCAAUCAUUGGGUUCAAUCUGCAACGAAGAGGAGGAAGAAGAAAUGGAGUCAACUCGUCGCGCGUCGCGGAGGUUGGCGCGAACAGGGAGUGCCUGCAGCACUGCAGGUAGACUUGUGAUCAGUGAACUUGCAAGACAGGCUUCGAAUGCUGAAGAAGUCAUGGUGGUAGAAGCCACUGAAAAUUCGUCAGAAGCUGCAGCCAACAAGCAGCUCCAGGAUGAUCAGAGAAUGGCCGCCAACGAGAUUGCGAGCCUGAAGCUCAUGGUGUCAGCCCUUGAAGACCGAGCUUGCAGCAUGGAGGCGCAGUUCAACGAGUACUGCGACAUGAAGGAGCAGGAGUCGGCGUACCAGAAGAUGCAGAUCAUGUGCCUGGGCAUGAAGCUGGAGCUGCUGGAGUCUCAGAACCAGCGGCUCGAAGCGGCUGCUGUGGAGAUCCGUGCAGCUGCCGAAGAGUUUGCUGCCAUGAAAGGCAAGCUCGACAUGCUGCAGAGCAAGUUCAAGAAGAUCACGAAGAGAAGCAAGCAGGAUUCGGAUGCUUUUGGUGAGAAGAUCCUGGCUCUUAAUGUCAAACAGUCCCAGAUGGCGAGAAGGUGCGAGGAGUUUGAGCAAGCCAUGGAAGAGAUGAAGCAGCUGACGUUGCAGCUGCAGGAGCAAAAGGCGGCAGCAAACAAUGAGAACGUGGAGGUGGUCGUGGAGAGAAGCUUGCGGAACCUGUCGAGCGGCAGGGACCUGGUGGACGGGCUGGAGGCGCUCCGGGACCGGUGGGCCACGGGCAUGGAGGAGAUGAUCUACCUGGGCUGGAUCACAGCGUGGCUGCAGCACGACCUCAUGCUCAUCGACGACGACGACGAUGGCAGCACGGUGCUCGGUGGCAGCACCUACGACGGCGGUGAAGACGUCGGCGCCGUACUCGGUGGCAGCGCCUACGACGACGACGAUGACCGGAAGCGGAAAGGUGUGCACCCGCCGGAGGAUGAGAAGAAGAAGGGGGAGACGAUGGUGGCCGCGGCGGCGCCGAGCAACGAGGUGGAGCUGUGCAAGGCGGGCUCCGUGUCGUCGUCCGGGUCGUCGUCGGGCCCGCGCCGCAGCGUGGAGGUGGAACCGCCGGCGUCGUCGUGCUUGGGGUUCGCGGCGGCGGGCGGGUGUAGCAGCAGCAGCAGGGGCGGCGGCGGCGGCGGGUGGAGCAUCGGGCGGCCGAGGCUGCUCCGGAAGCUGCGCGGGUGGGCCGCCGCCGGCGGGAAGGCCGGCGACAGAGGAGGCAAGGCGCGGUGCAGGAUCGCGGGGCCGUGCUGUCAGAAGUAAAUAAAAUAAACAAUUACAGUCAUCGAUCUGCGUAUACUCCUAUUUGCUUGUGAAAAUUUGAGAAUGGAAUGUACUAUAUUCUUUGAGAAUAGGGGGAAAGAAAAAGAGAAUUGCAUGUGACUGGGAGAGGAAAAAAAUUGUUUGAUUAGCGUGAGUUGUACGUGUGCGUUGAAGAUUAUUGGUUUGUUCGGGAGUCGGGAGAACGAAGGAAUACGCUGUGUUCAUGUGCUUAGCGCUAACAAUACGUUCGUUUCAA